AUGCGUCGUACGAACGAUGAUAGAGAACGUGAAUAUAGGGAUAGAGAGCGGCGACGCUCCAGAUCACCGCGUCGGAGUGCUUCGCCAAAUCGCUCUCAAGAGCAGCGUCGUCAAAAGCGGCCAGCAGCCAGACGAGAUCCACAAGCAAUCGAAGAAGAGAGAAGAGCAAUCAUUCAACGCAAUGAAGAGCGGGACCGUCUUGCUCGAGAAGCGGCUGCAGUGCGCAACCAAUACCAUCGUGGAAGUGAGGUUGUCAGAUCGCACUACAAUGCGCGUCCGAACCAGGGCCGCGAGCAGCGUAAUGCUUCACCCAUCGUCAACUUGCGCAACUUUAAUAACUGGAUCAAGUCUACACUCAUUCGCAACUUUACUGAGAGCGGCAAUCACGUCUUAGACUUGGGUUGUGGCAAGGGUGGUGAUCUGAUGAAAUGGGACAAGGCCAAUGUAAGCUCCUAUACUGGCAUCGAUUUGGCAGAGGUAUCUAUUGAGCAAGCUCGAGGCAGGUACCGCAACAUGCGUCAUGCACGCUUCAAGGCUCAAUUCUACGCAUUCGACUGCUUUGGCAAACCCGUCGCACAGAUUUUGCCGCCAGAACAACGCCGCUUUGAUGUGGUCUCGAUGCAAUUUUGCUUGCACUAUGCGUACGAAACGGAAGCAAAAGCAAGACAAAUGCUUGCCAAUGUCUCUGCGUCUUUGCCUCGAGGUGGCAAGUUUCUCGGGACCAUACCGGACUCAGAUGCGAUUAUUGAGCACGUCUCUAAGCUACAGCCAGGUGAGAAGGAAUGGGGCAAUGAUAUCUACAAGGUUGAAUUCGAAAAUCAGCCUCCACCUGGACCUGAUGUGGUAUUUAGGCCGCCUUAUGGUCACAAAUACACGUUUUACCUCAAAGAUGCAGUCGACAUCGUUCCAGAAUAUGUCGUUCCGUUUGAAGCAUUCAGGGCUUUGGCAGAAGAAUACAAUCUGGAGCUCCUGUACAAGAAAGGCUUUCAUGAGGUGUUUGAAGAAUACAAGGAUACAUUUGAAGGCGGUGCCUUGCUAGACAGAAUGGGUGUCGUACGCAAGGACGGCAGCCGCGGUAUCGAGGGUGAUGAACGUGAAGCAGCAGGUUUCUAUGCCGCAUUCUGCUUCGAGAAGCGCGGUGCUAAAUAG